AUGCAGAGCUCUCGUUCACGCUUCGCAUCGGCUGCCGCCGCUUCCUACGAACGCGACGGUCUCACCUCCCCUCGCUCCUCUCUCCUCAUGUGCACACACGGACAGACAGACAGACGGACACGGGACAGGCAUGAGCGGAGGCGGAGCGGGCAGGACAUGCCCCGCCGGGCACCGCACACGGGCACGGGCACUCGGGUGCCAACCCUGAAUGACCUUUUAGAGUAGGUUGGAGAAUUGGACUUCUUUCAGAAGAAAGCCUUCUUUGUGUUAUGCCUGCUUUCUGCUACUUUUGCUCCCAUUUAUUUUGGGAUUUCUUUCCUGGGAUGCACCCCUGAGCAUCGCUGCUCCAGCCCCGGGGUGGCCGAGCUGAGCCAGCGCUGUGGCUGGAGCCUGGAGGAGCAGCUGAACCACACGGUUCCCGAGUGGGAUGGCCACGGGGCCAGCUUCAGCAGCCGCUGCAGGAGGUACGAGGUGGACUGGAACGCCACAGGCAUCAGCUGCACUGACCCCCUUGGCAGCCUGGUGGGCAGUGGGAGCACCGUGCCCCUGGGGCCCUGCCGGGAUGGCUGGGUCUAUGACUCCCCUGGCAGCUCUCUUGUGACAGAGCUUACGCAUAUUUGUCCUUACAGUUGGUUGUGUGUGAAUGCUGGGUUUUUUAUUGGCUCUAUGAGCAUUGGCUACAUAGCAGAGGUGCUGACAGCAGCAGAGGACAAGAACAGUGCUCAGAAAGGUGCAGCCCUUGGCCACAAGAUCAUCUGCCCAUCAAAUGAUGCCAUGGAGAGCACCAGAAAAUUCGUAAAAGUAAAGUUGGUUGCCCAAAACCGAGUUGAUGAAGGCUGUUGCCACAUGUCCAUGCUUGUGAGUAUCCAACCUUGUGAGUAG